CAGCUACGCGUGUUCUCCUCCCUUUCCAUCACAGACAGGGCAGCGCUGACCUGAAAGAAACUCUGAACAGCGGGCACCCCCCUCAGCGCGCCAGGGCUAAACAAAUCCUACUUUGACCACAGCCAGCCCCGGCUAAAGAGAAACGUCUCGGCUUGCCAGCGCGGAAGCGGCCGCUGAACGGGCAGGUCUGAGAUCUUUAUCCCGGGGCCUCGCUUCGCCCCAAAGCCCGUGGCGGGGCGGGCCGGGCUGACUCCUGGCUUUAACCAGCCUUUCAGGAGCUGCCGCUGGCUGUCGCCUGGCACGGGCAGGAGGACUCGGGUUCCCUCGCCACCCCCCACAGGCGAAGAGUGCCCCCUGGAUCGCGUGUUUUGGGAGAGGAGGGAGCUGGGGAGCUCUGAUUACGCGGCCCCCGGGGGGCGACCAAGAACGGACCGGGGCGCCCCGCUGCCUCCUCCCCAGCGGGGAGGGCUUAAUCCUCCCCAGCGAAGGGCAGAGGCAGGUCUGGGAGCCCCCCUCCCCGCCUCGGUCCAGCUGACCUGCCAGUGCAGGGAGACGUCAGGGGGCGUCGGGCGCCAGCAGCAGCUGUCGGGCUGCGGGAGCCGGGACCCCACCCCCGCCCCGCCCCGCCCCGCGCUCUCACUUCGGGAGCCGCGUCUCUCGCGUCCACACUGAGCAGCGGGCGCCCGGCGCGUGUGAGAUGAGGCGGCCCGGGGCCGGCCGGCUCCCGCCUUGCGCUGAGCAGCCAGGGCUGUGAGCUGGAUCCCCGGGCCGGGGGGGGGGCCGCUUUCCACCCCCCGCCGGGACUCGAUGCCCAGGCAGGGAGCAUGGCAGGGAGGCGGCCGCUGGGCGCCCGCGCCCUCUCCCUGCUCCGGUGGCUGGGGAUGCUGCUGCUGCUGCCGCCGCUGCUCCAGGCCGGGCAGGGCUGCCCGGGUCCCUGCUACUGCUUCGCCACGCCGCAGCUGGACCAGUGCAGCUACGUGCGCCUGCAGGAGCCGCCGCGGGACCUGCCCCGCGGGGUGCGCAACCUCACCAUCGCCGGCGGCAACCUGACGGUGCUGCGCCGGGCGGCCUUCGCCGGCAACGGGAGCCGGCCGCUGGGCGACCUGCGCCUGCUGCUGCUGCCCCGCGACAACAUCCAGGCCAUCGAGGAUCGCGCCUUCCAGGGGCUGCCCGGCCUGGCGGCGCUGGACCUCAGCCACAACCCGCUGCGCGCCCUGGCCGGCGGCGCCUUCCGCGGCUGCCCGCGGCUGCGCACCCUCAAGCUCAACCAGGCGCUGCUGCUGCUGGGCGAGGCGCCCGAGGAGCCGCUGGCCGGCGCCCUGCGCAACUUGAGCCUGCGGCGGCUGGAGCUGGCGGGCAACGGGCUGCGGGCGCUGCCGGGCGCCGCGCUGCCGGAGGGGCUGGAGGAGCUGGAUCUGCGGAACAACUCGCUGCAGGGGCUGAGCCCCCAGGAGCUGGCCCGGCUGGAGUCAGCCCCGCUGGGCAGGCUGCAGCUCUACCUGGGCUCCAACCCGCUGCGCUGCGACUGCGCCCUGCGCCCGCUGCUGGGCUGGAUGCGCAACGCCAGUUGGAGGGUGCCCGAUGCGCGCAGCCUGCGCUGCGCCGCCCCGCGGGAGCUGAGCGGCUCGCCUGUGCUGCGCCUCCGCCUGGAGCAGCUGGGCUGCGGGGCCGGCCGGGAGCCGGGGCCCGAGGGGGCCGGCUGGGAGCCGCGGCCCGAAGAGCCCGGCGAGCAGAAGGAGCUGGAGACCGCCUCCUACGUGUUCUUCGGCAUCGUGCUGGCGCUGAUCGGGGUCAUCUUCCUCAUGGUGCUGUACCUCAACCGCAGGGGCAUCAAGCGCUGGCUCAACAACCUGCGGGAGGCCUGCCGGGACCAGAUGGAGGGUUACCACUACCGCUACGAGCAGGACACCGACCCGCGCCGGGCCAGCGCCAGCCCCUCGGGGCUCUGAGCCAGAGUGCGGGGGGGCCACCUCGGCGCCAGGGGGCACUUCCAACCAGAGGGCACCCCACUCCCCAGGACAACGCCCACCCGUCCAGGGAACAGCCAGUAAAACACCCAUCCACCAGCCCCCAGCUCCCGGAGAACAGCUUUUUGCCAACCCACUCAAGAUGGCACAGGAUCCAUCCUCAGGACAGUAACACCCCUCCUACAAAACUAAGAAAACUGCACAGGAUCCCCUCCACCCCCCUGGGUCACUGCACAGCAUACAGUCCCCAGGAGAAUACAUCCCCCGCAAGGGUCCUGGGGAUUGUGGAUGAGAGAGCUACCCACCUUCACAUGAAUAACCAGCAUCAGAGACCACAUGGGCUCCAUCACACCCACCCUCCCACCAGUGUGCUAGGGGCAUGUGAACGUACAGGACUCUCCACAUAGAAUAAACCCUGAGAUGGGAAUUGACUGGCUCCACCCUGAGAGGCCCUUCUCUCCCCACCCCAAUGGUCCAGGAGGUGCAGUAUGAAUGUACAGGAAACACCCAGCUCCAUGCAGAAUUAACUCCCAUCCAGGACUAUGCAGGAAUCACUCCCGAAGAACCCCUUCCGUCCAGAAUCCACAGGGGGAUAUGAAUGUACAGGAUGUAGCUCAACAAUCCCUUUCAAGCCCUUCACUCCUCCAGGGUGUGUGACAGCAUGUUUUCCACUGCCCUAACAGAAGAACCCUCUCCCCAUGUCCCAUAGGAUGCUUCCCCAAAACCAUCACAGCCAUCAGUGUCCAGGGAAGUGAGUCUGACCCCAGCAAAAGAGCCUCCCAUGACCUGUGGGAGUUAUGAAUGCACAGAAGAGCUCCGUGCACACGGAACUCCUAGCUACUCCAGGAGAUUUUUUUAAUUUUUCCUUUGUAAAAAAAACUUCUGCAACAAGCUAGAAUACAACUCCCUGUGAAUGUACUUUGUGCACAUGGACCGUGGGGUGAGUUUUUACUUGGUGAGUUGCUGAAAGCAAUGGGCUAGAUGGUGUUAUACUUGUUUCCUGGAUUUUAUUGGAGCCCAGACUUUUACCGUGUACAGUUCUCUUUCCUAGUAUAGUUCUAACAAAUACAAAACUAACUUGAUUUUUUUUUUGCUCCAAA